AUGAGUAUUCCUUUUUUAAAAUCAUACAAAUUUUUUUUUAAAACUUGUACACAAAUAAGUAAAUCAAAAUCAUUUAUUAAAUAUUUAUCAUCAAUGACUUUUUCAACAAAAUCCUCAUUAUGGAAUGAUAUUGAAUUAAAAGGUAUUUUAUCAUAUAAAACAAUAUCAUCAAUUCAAUCAUCAAAUAAAACAAAUGUAUCAAGAAAAUUAUUUCAAUCGAAUACAACAGAUCAAUUAACAGUAAGAUUUAUUAUUUGA